AUGAAUUGCCCGUGUUUAAAGACAGGAAAAUUUGAACUUUCAUCGUUAUCUUCUGGCGGCGCUAGAGAUGUUGAAAAGCUCUUGUUUGUGAAGUCGAUUGGUAGUGCUGUUCGUGACGCGAAACGUGGACAAGAUUCAAUGAUGAUCAAGUUCAUUCGACCACGGUUGAUAACGUUCGAUGUUACCGGUACGUUACUCAUGACAAAGUUAGAAGAACAUUACGUCGACAUUGGAUCUCAACACGGACUGUCAGUCGAUGCUGGUAAAUUGGCGCGUAGCUUCAAAAACAGCUUUCACAAACUCAGCGUUGAGCAUCCUAUUUACGGGAAACAUACAGGCAUUGGAUGGGAAAAUUGGUGGCGGAAAAUAGUUCAUCAUGUCUUCAAGGAUCAGCAUAGUUACGUUUCAGAUGCAACUUUAGAUAAGUUAUACGGAAUAGAAUUUAUAAAUGAACAGGUUGCUAACAGUUUGAUAAGAUGUUACGGUACGAGUAUGUGUUGGCACAAGUAUCCGGGCACGAUUGAAUUACUGGAGUAUCUUCGCAAAAAGGGCCUGAUCAUGGGGGUGAUAUCGAAUUUCGAUGAGAGACUGGAAGCGAUACUUGAAGACACGAGAAUACGUUUUUAUUUCUCCUUCGUUUUAACGUCCUAUGAUUUUGGCAUGGAGAAACCGCACACCUCGAUAUUCGAUGAAGCGCUUAGGUUAACAAAAGAACGGCAUAGUAUCGACGUUGCCCCCCAGGAGGCGAUACAUAUCGGCGAUUCUGUCAGUAACGACUACAAUGGCGCGAAAAACGCUAAUUGGAAUGCGUUACUCAUUAAACGCGAUAACGAUGUUACUGGCGAUAAAGAAAUUCCUGCAGAGUAUAUAUUUAGAAAUCUUGAAGAUUUGAGAAUAUACUUUUCUACGCUUCUUAAUUCGGACGCGAAGCGUAUAUAA